UAAUAUGUCAAUCAACCUCUAAUAAGAGCUGAUGUCACAAAAUAACAACCUUUCCCACAGGAAAACACCGCAUGAUUCGGUGGAAGUUGAUUCUCUGUUUCACUAUUCAAGCCCCCUAAAGGUUGUUUUUCAUCUGAGAAAACAGGAGAAAGGGAAAACGAAACCAACAUAGUAAUGCGCAGGCAGCGUACACGUCCCCCGCGCUGAUCGCAUGCACUUCCUCUGUUUACUUCCUUCUAAACACAGCCAGAUCGCAAACUAGUGCAAUCAGUCAGCUCUCGACCCCGACAGAGACACACGAUGAGAAGACGACAGUCCUAUUAAGAUUCUGACUCAAUAAAACGGCAAAGCAAGCAGCAAAAGUCGAGCAAGAUGGAUUACAAAUAUGAUAAUGGAGUAGAACUGCUGUUGGCUCACAUGAACAUUGAAGACAUCAUCAACGCUGCAGAGAGACUUUACAAACUUGAAGAAGUGGAGGAGGAAGAGGAGGGGGGCUUGUCGUUCGACGAGGAAAGUCUCUCUCAGGAGGAGAUGGAUGAAAAUGAGGAGGCAGGGGGCUUAGUUGGCUCUGGAGGUCAUCAUGAGGACUAUGGAGCAGAUGAGGGCGGCAGUGUGCGGUAUGGGACGGUGACAGACCUCCUGUCUUUUGUUAACCUGCUCUCUAAUAUGCAGGCAGCAGCCUUGCAGAAUGUGCCUGCGGAGAUGGGAGUCCUGCUGAACAAGAAGUACAUGAAUGUAAAAAAAGGCCGCUAUCAGAUCAACAUGGACGUGCUCCUGUUUCCAUGGAAAUUGACCUACAAGAAUUACGGCUCUGGCCUCGUGCCCAAGGGCUCAUUUGGGAAAGUCCACUUGGCUCAGGACACAAGCACCAGAAAAAGAAUGGCUUGCAAACUGAUUCCUUUGGAAAACUUCAAAGCAGCAGAUGUUGAGUUUCAGGCACGAUUCCGUCACGAGAACAUCGCUGAACUCUAUGGCGCUCUGCUCUGGGACCAGACUGUGCACCUGUUCAUGGAGGCCGGAGAGGGCGGCUCUGUCUUGGAGAAGCUGGACAGCUGUGGACCAAUGAGGGAGUUUGAGAUCAUCUGGGUGACCAAGCAAGUUCUGAGGGGCCUGGAGUACCUGCACUCUCACAAAGUCAUCCACCACGAUAUCAAACCAAGUAACAUCGUCUUGAUGUCAGAUAAGGCAGUGCUGGUGGACUUUGGCCUGACAGUGCAAAUGACAGAGGAUAUGUACACUCCCAGAGACCUGAGAGGAACAGAGAUGUAUAUGAGCCCAGAGCUGGUUUUGUGUCGAGGACACAACACCAAGACAGAUAUCUACAGUCUGGGCACCACCAUCAUUCACAUGCAGACUGGAAGCCCUCCAUGGGUCAGGAGAUACCCACGUACUGCAUACCCAUCUUACCUCUACAUUAUCCACAAGCAAGCCCCCCCUCUUGAGGACAUACCGGAGGACUGCAGCCUUGCCAUCCGCUCCUUUCUGCAGCGUGCCCUUGAGAGGAACCCUGCCCUGCGGAGCUCAGCCUCUGAGCUUCUAAAAGAUGAGGCCAUCAACCCACCAAGGGAAGAUCAACCACGUUGCUGGAGCCUGGACUCCGCCAUGGAGGAGGCCAACAACACCAUGUUAAGGCAGCAUAGCCAGCACCCCGACACCACACAGGAAUCGUCUCUGUACUCUGAAGACUCUGGUCACAUGAGAAGGAAGGGCUCCUUGUACAUUGACCUUGGGGCUUUGUCAGGCUACUGUAAACUGGUGACAGGACCCCCAACAUCAGAAUACGGCUUGUACCGGACUUAAGCGCGACUUGAAGCGGAAUUUGAGUAUGGCUCCAUCUCUACUCUUGGAGGAUUAGUAGACAUUUUCAGAAGGCUUUCCAGGUGCAGGUGAAAUGGCUCAUUGAUGGACUGCAAUGAUUGAAAAGACACAAGAGACAUACAAUGAAUGGAAUUAGCUCAAUCCUGUUGCUAAAAAUUCACAACACUGCAGGACGGUGGUUUGAAGAGAUGCAUUGUGUAUAAAUCGAUGUUAAAUGUGAGCUGUUGUUAAUGUACAUUUUAUAUUUCAUUGUAGUCGUUUCAAUCAAAUGUCUACUGUUUUUCUUUCUUUCAAAACAGUGGCUCAUCAUCCUAAAAAUUAUUUAAGCACUAAAAUAUUGAAUCUAUCUCUGCAUGUAUGUAUUCACCAUGCAGUCAUGUAUUGUAUAUAGUUCUAUAUGGACCUCAUUUUGUUAAUUCCUGUGGAAUUUUAUCAGUAUCAUUUUGCUGUUUAAAUGCUGUUUCUAUGGAAUGCAUGUGAGAUGUGAUUACUGUUUUGUACAUCCCAUGAGAUGUGGCCUAUGGUGCCUUUUAGAACCUGACACAAAGUAUUUUUUAAGACAAAAAAAGAUAAUGAUCUAGAAAAUACAAAUGUUAAUUCAAAAUUUGGGGAAUGUUUAAGUUCAAAUUAAACCUAAACCAUUGUAAAAUGUGCUCAGGAUGUUGCAUUUAAAACAAGUAAUUCAAAGAAAAACAAUAUGUAAUAUUUCUUACACAUUUUCAAUCAAUUCUAAUGCACAUUAAUGCAUGCUCUGCAACAUUUGCUGCAGACAGUGUUGAAUACUUUUAAUUGAUUGUUAAGGUGUGAAGAAAUAUUUUUUAUACUUGCACAUCAGAAAACAUACUCAAAGCGGUAUAUAUAUGAAAGGUCUGAACUGGCCAACAUCAGUCCACCUUUUUGUUAAAAGAGCUUUUGUCUUUUUGUUUUCUUUAGCUUGGACAGUUAGAUAGCUACAUUUUGAAAAUGUGUUGGUUAUUAAGUAAUAAAUGCAAUGACAUGAAAAUCUCAAA